AUGGCGAGCUAUUUCCCGCCGCCUGGGAUGAUUCCUAGUCAUGCCUCAAUGAGAACACCGUCCCCAGCUGCCUCUCCGCUUUCCCCGCCCAUCCAGCGAUCAAAUGCCUUAUCCAACCGAUUAACAAGUGUGCUUUCGGCCUCCUAUGCGGAUUCCGACAUUCGAGAUGCGCUGGAAACCCUCAGCCUCAGAGGAAUUCAAAAUACAGCGGAGACACGGAGACAAUUACGGCUAGACGUGCAGAAGGAGGUUGUCGACUGCAAUGCUGAAAUUGUGCGUGAUUUUGGCAAGGUUGCGGAGCAAUUGAAACGGAUCGGAAGUGUGAUAUCGACGUUGAAUCAAACAUGCGAUGAAAUGCGGAAGCACAUCCACCUUGCCAAACAAGACACCACGCCCGUCCUCGAGGAAGCAUCUGUGUUGAUGAACCAGAAGAAAGAAUCGGAGACGAAGCAGCAACUUCUCGAUGCAUUCACGCAACAUUUCAUAGUGUCAGAGGAAGACCUGCUGGUUUUGACCUCGGCCGCCGAGCCUAUCAACGAGCAUUUCUUCGACGUGCUUGCUCGGGUGAAACAAAUACACCACGAUUGCGAAGUCCUGUUGGGAGGGGAAAACCAAAGGUUGGGAUUGGAGGUUAUGGAGAAGAGCACUAGAAGUCUCAACUCUGCUUACCAGAAGCUCUACAAAUGGAUCCAAAAGGAAUUCCAGUCCUUGAAUCUUGAAGAUCCCCGCAUUAGCAGUUCCAUCAGACGAGCGCUGCGUAUACUGGCCGAGCGACCAAGCUUGUUCCACAGCUGCUUGGAUUUCUUCGCUGAAGCGCGUGAUUAUGUUCUCUCUGAUGCCUUUCACUAUGCUCUUACCGAUGCGGUUUCUGGGGCGGGAGGAGAUCAGAACGUCAAGCCAAUCGAAUUCUCUGCUCAUGAUCCCUUGCGUUAUAUUGGAGAUAUGCUUGCAUGGGUUCAUUCUACGGCAGUUUCGGAGCGGGAAGCCCUGGAGGCUUUGUUCGUGGCGGACGGCGAGGAACUUGCCAAGGGCAUCCAGGCCGGGCUGAGUAGUGAGCCUUGGGCUCGGAUUGAUGAAGACGAGGCGGUUGCUUUCGAUGGACACAAAGCCCUCAGCGAUCUUGUCAACCGUGAUCUUACUGGAGUCUCUCGAUCGUUACGCCAGAGGGUUGAAUUGGUCAUCCAAGGCCAUGAGGACCCGGUUACUUGUUACAACGUCGUCAACUUACUUGCCUUCUAUCGUACCACUUUUACCAAGCUGGUGGGAAACAAGUCCAAUCUGGCUGAGCUUAUCCAGACAUUGGAGAAGUUUACAUUCAUCCACUUUGAGACCCUCAUGCGUGACCAGGUCAACAGUCUCUCCACCGACCAUUCCGCUUUGGUUCCAUCGGAGGACCUGUCAGCUCCACAAUUCCUGCUGGAUGAAUUAGAAGAAUUGAAUUCCCUCAUGAAGACUUACGAGGCCUCCUAUGGGGCAGAAGAUUUGGAGUCAAUGAAUGGCGAGAACAAGUUUACGCCAGUCCUCCGUUCAGCCUUCGACCCAUUCCUAGAGCUCGCAAAGUCUUCAGCGAAGGAUCUCAAGGAUCAAACCGCGCGCACCAUCUACCAGACGAACAUCCUUCUUACUGCUCGCUCAGCAGUACAGGCAUUCUCAUUCGCUAGCGUAACGCAUUCGAGUCCUCUCUCGACAGAACUCUCUACAAUGCGGGUGGACCUCCUCGAGAUCCAACACCACUAUCUACUGGACACCUCAGGUCUCCAGGUGCUUCUGAAAGAACUGGAGCCAUUCUCCGAUGAAAAGCAGCACCAGAAACAUCCCAACAUCGCCGAGAUAGCCAACCUCCCAGCCUUCCAGCCCGAAGCCCUCAUCGCAACCAGCCAACAACUCGACGACUUCCUCCCAUCCGCCCUAAUGGAUGCUACGGACAAUCUGAAGCGCGUGCAAAGCGCAACCUUCGUCAAGAGCGUCACGGAGGAGGCGGUCGAGGCGUUCUGUCGAGACUUUGAGUUCGUGGAGGGCAUGAUUAUCGGCGCGGAUGAAGCUAGAGGAAAGAUUGAUAUUACGCAGGGUGAUGGUGAUGCCAGUGUUGAUGGCGAGGAUGCAGAUCAGGGAGACAGGGAUUGGAGUCUGAGGGUGCUUUUCCCGCGAACUACGGGUGAGAUUCGUGUGUUGUUGAGUUAG